GCACCCCCUCACCCUACAGGUUGUGUUUGGGAUCUUCGGUCCACACAAGUCCAGUCCUGUGUUCAGAGUUAACAAUGGAUGUACGUUCGUCGCUACCUUGGGCAUUGUUUUUAGCACUUAGUGCAUUUGUGAAUUUGCAUUUCGUUUUUGCUGCAGAAACCGGUGGAAAUGCAACAGUCUCAGUUCUCCCUAAACCGGGCCACUGCCCACGGCGUCUGAAUGUGGUGCCCUCACACAAGGGCUGUGAGUGUGAUGAGCACUGUCCUGCAGACCACAAAUGCUGUGUCUUUGACUGUGGAGCCGUGUGUGUCCCCCCUGCUUUCACCAAACCAGGAGUGUGUCCACGCAGGCGCUGGGGCUUUGGGCUGUGUGCCGAAUUCUGCUCAGAUGACAGCGACUGCCCUGAUGAUAACAAGUGCUGCAGCAAUGGAUGUGGACAUGAGUGCAUGGCACCCUACACAGUGAAGCGCGGGCGCUGCGCUCCACCGCAGGGGACGCCCAUGUGUGCUGAGUACUGCUACCAUGAUGGUCAGUGUCCCGGGGAGCAGAAGUGCUGCAGGACAACCUGCGGCCACGCCUGCAGUGAGCCUUGCUGAUUGGACAACCAGCGAUGCUUCACUCUCAUCUGCAUCCUCCAUUUGCUGAUCCCAAGUGUGCACUUGUUUGUUUUUUUUAACAUGAUUAAAUAGAUAGGACUAUUGAGCAGCGAGAUAAUGUUGAUUAGUGUUGUACCUUUUGAGUCCAUGGUGAUGAGUGCACAUUUAGGCACAACAUGGGGGGAAUUGGAUCGCACAGUCAAAGACAUUUUAAAUUUUAAUCCUUGAAAGGAUGAGAAAUGUACUGUACUUUGUAUAUUGGAUGCCUGUAGGUUUUUGUGUUAACUUUGUAUUUCAACUAAUAAACGUCUCGGAAGCUUAGAAAUA